AUGGCACACUAUACACAACUCUCAGAACGCCAUGUAUCCAAAUGUGCUCGAAAUUCACGGAAUCAUACUAGCUCGGAUGAAGAAGGCUUGUCUACGGACGUGCUAUUAUCCCAGCUUCAGGAAGAAUUCGACAAGGACGAGGCAAGAAUGAGCCAAAAUAUCUUAUUCUACCAAGACGUAGUAAUAGAGGAUCGUAAAAAACCAGGAAACAAAGUUCGUUUCUUCCCUGAGCAGAGUAAAAGCGUGUUGGACGACGAGCAAUGGAACCCACCAAGUCGCAUGAAAUACCCUCCUACUCCUGCAAAGCCGAGCCCCUCCACAAUAGCUAGGAUGAUGGACAUCUCGUACACUAGCUGGAGCAGCUCAUCAUAUGACGAUACUACUGCUGAUUCUAAACUUGCAGACUGGUUGGCUUCCUUUGCGGAGGAAGAGAAUACUAGUGUCAAAGUCAACACAUCAACCAGAAACCCCUUCAUCAUCCGUGCUACAGAAGUCUCUUCCUGUCAAACUCCUGGCAACGAGGAGCCGACCAGGCCCCGGAGCCUGGCUGCUGGAACCUUGCACAGUCGUCGCAGGGCCACCCCAUGGAACCCUCAUCAUCGUAGAGCUGUUUCUCAGCCUUCUUAUUCCACGUCAAGUUGGUUUCCAUCUUCCCCAGCUCUACCAUUCUUGCAGACUACGCCAAAUCGCGCUAGGACAAUGAAGUUAGAAGAUGAGGGUUCCAUGGG